AUGGACGACCGUCGCCCCCAAGUACUGGUCGUGUCCAUUGUCUUCUUCGUCGUCGCAUCCAUAUUCGUCGCUCUGCGCUUUAUAUCGCGUCUCUGCAUUGUGCGCAAAGUCGGUCUCCAUGAUUAUUUGAUGUUGUUGGCCUGGAUUCUUGACUUUGGCUUCUCCUUCUCCCUCUUCUAUGCGACUAGUAAAGGCUUGGGUCUCCACGAUCCCGACAUCGACGCCGCCGCUCGUCCAAGUCUCAAUCGCGCCAAUUAUGCCUUUACCGUGCUCUACAAUCCGGCUUUGAUGGCCGUUAAAACCUCCAUUCUCGUCUUCUACCUGACCUUGACGCAAGGUGAAAAAGUGUUCCGCUGGGCCAACUAUGUGACUCUCGCCGUCGUGAAUGCAGCCGGCCUGGCCCUGACCCUGGUCAAUGUCUUUCAAUGUCGCCCCAUAGGCGCCGCAUUCGCCUUCCCCAAGCCGCCCGGUGCGACCUGCAGCGACAUCCUUACGCUAUACCUCUCGUCCUCCCCCGUCAAUAUCAUAACCGACUUGGCCAUUCUCUUUCUGCCCAAUCCCAUCCUCACGCAGAUGCGACUCCCGCGCAAGCAGAAGAUUAUUUUGGUCAUCACCUUCAGUUUCGGUUUCUUCGUCGCCGUUGUCGAUGUCAUCCGCAUUGCCUAUUUGCAGAAUGCCGCGACUUCGCGCCAAGUGGCUCUUAAGGAGCUUCACCUCCAAGAUUCCCCCGGCGACGACUUUAAUUGUAUUUCUUCCCUGUCCUUCCCCCUCCCCGCUCCAAGGCUGACUGGUCUAGGGUUUGCCUCUUUGUCUUUCAUGUGGUCCGUCGUCGAAGUCAACGUGUCGGUCAUUUGCGCCUGCGUGCCCAGUCUGAAACCACUGGUAGCCCGCAUCCUCCCCAAAUUGAUUCGCGAUUCCGAUGGCAGCUCGCAACCGACGGUCGACCCUGCCAUGCCCGAGCUGCCAGAGAUGGUCCAGCCUCCGUCUCCGAAUGCGAUUCCGAGCGGCCUCAAUACCAUGCCGCAGACCGAGCAUCAGAGUAAACACAACUCGCCGUCGGGAAGUCGCAGUAGCGGUAGCCCACGAGAUACAGAAGGACCCUUGGACAUGCUCCAAUUCCUGACGGUCCGUGACCCGGCGCCUGCGGAUGCCGAAGCUGCAGAGACCAAUACGGCAACCAUCACCAGCGCCUCCUACCCCCCGACGAUCACGUUCUUCGACUUUGUCAAUAUGCGAACUCCGACGAGCAUGCUCAAAUUGAGCAACAAGGAAUCGAUUGCUCCCGUGGCCCUCACCACCGUUCUCUUCUUCUUAUGGGGCUUUGCCUACGGACUGCUGGAUAUCCUCAAUAGUCAAUUCCAGCAGAUCGUGCGACUGGAUGCGUGGCGUUCGCUGGGUCUCCACGCCGUCUACUUCGGAGGGUACUUCGUGGGACCGCCUUUAGUCGGUCGGGUCGUGCUAAAGCGAUGGGGAUUCAAAGCCACCUUCAUCACGGGCCUGUGUAUAUACGCCUGCGGCACUCUGAUCUUUUGGCCGUCGGCCGUGCUGACCUCGUACUCCGCUUUUACUAUAUCGAACUUCAUCGUGGGAUUCGGCCUGGCCGUGCUGGAGACUGCCGGCAACCCGUUCAUUGCGCUCUGCGGGCCGCUUGAGAACUCCGAAAUUCGCCUGAAUAUCUCCCAGGGUGUUCAGGCGGUCGGUAGUGUCCUCUCACCGCUGUUGGCUAAGAAGGUCCUGUUCCGAUCCGUGACCGACGUCUCGGCCUUGGUGGACGUGCAGUGGACCUAUCUGGGCAUUGCGCUGUUUGACGUGCUGCUGGCCGUGGCUUUCUAUUACCUUCCCAUUCCGGAAGCCUCGGACGAGGAUCUGGAGGAGCUGGCCAACCGGCGCCGCGCAGACAACAUGACCAAGGUGCUAGGUGUCCCCGUGAUCUGGGUGACGCUAGGGCUAGGGAUCUUUUCGCAAUUUUUCUACGUGGCCGGGCAGGAGGUGCUGUCCCAAAGCUUCGCCAGCUUUGUCGACACGUCUGACCCUGGAUCCAGCCUAGAUAGCUUCCAGUAUCUGACCAUCGGCCAUUCGGUCUUCGCCGUGGGACGAUUUCUCGCCGCCUUCUUGCAGUGGUUCUUGAAACCACGGUGGAUUCUCCUUCUGUCUUACGUGGGCAUGAUCGUCUUCGCCGUGCUCUGCAUGAAGACCACCGGCUCUGCGGCCGUCGCGAUGGGACUCAUGGUGUACCUAUUUGAAAGUGGCGCGUUCAGCAUUAUCUUCGCGAUUGCCCUGCGCGGCACGGCGCAACACACCAAGACGGCCGCCUCGCUGCUGACUAUGGCCAUCAGCGGCGGUGCCUGCUUUCCCUUCGCCCAGUAUGCCGCCGAAUUGGCCGGCAGCGGCUCUUUCUCCUACAGCGUCCUGGUGGCCAUGUUCUGCGCCGGGGCCAUCUUCCCGCUGUACCUGAACCUGGUGCCCGCGGCCAAGAAGCAAGUCGACCCUGUUCCGAACGAGUAUCUACGCCGUCAUCGACGCCGCAGUCGUGCCAAGCCGAACGCCGUGCAGCGAGAGAAAGAGAACCCAUCAACCGGAGGUGUCUUCUCGCGCCGACGCAGCGUGCUGACAGAUCCGCUGUCUACUGUACAUCUCCCCGAUCAAUCGCAGUCGCGGUCGCAAUCGAACAACCCUCCGACCACCAAGCGCUCGUCUAUACAGGGCGGACUCAUGCAUGAUCUGGCCCCGUGGCCUGAAAACUGA